CAGCUGUGAGAGGACAUUGCAUGUUCACCACAUGGAAACGGAAGCGAGGGCUGGUUGUUGUGAAGAGAGAGGUAUUCUCGUUUUAUCCUUUUUUUUUUGCAGUGAGCAGACAGUGAGAUAUUUUAUUCACACACGCCGAAAUUUAAAAGUGACCGAUCAGCUGGAGCACACUCGCACGUUGCACAACAACAGCUUGGUUUAUUGGUGCAGCCCUGCAUAGUGUCAGCUUCUGACGCAGCCUGAGCACCUAUCCGCGAGGGGGACACUGACACCUGACGGCUCCAUCUCUUAACUCUCCGGUAUUUUUCAUCACGACCACUUCGGUUCUGCAGUGCAGGGACUGCUGCGUUUUAUGGAAGCAGAGUCUGGGCAUACUGUCGUGGUCAUGCUGCCUCCAAAGAACUGCCUGCCGAGGAACUACAGCUGCAUAGCUGGACUGUUCGGAAGCCUGGCAGCGGCAAACCCGCGGCUUGAUGAUGGGGAAGACUUUGACUUGAUGAACGGUACUACCUGUGAGCCCAUCGAGAGCCCGGUGGUGGACGAGAGACCACGGGGCAGAGAGGUUUUCCAGAAACCUCAGCAGAGUCCAAGCCUGCGUCGGAGAUGCAAAUCGUUGCCUACACCCACAGAGAGAGCAAAGUUAGAGAUCUCCCGCAGCAGAAGUCCAACCAGUCAAAAGAAAGUCCGGUUCGCCGACUCUCUGGGCCUAGAGCUCAUUUCAGUGAAGCAUUUCGAUGAUACAGAUGUGCCAGAGGUGCCAGAGCGCAUCCUGGCAAAACUACCCAAAGGACCCCUCCAACUUAAUCAUUUGGACACAAAAUUCCCCCGGGCUCCUACACAGUCUGUGUUCAUGGAGUUGCAGUUUGCCAGUCCCGGUAUUCUCCCCGGCUUUGAGCAGAAAGUGAGGGAGGUGAAAGUCAUGUUGGAGAGCGUUGAGGCAGACGAAUUCAGCCUCUCCGGUUUUGCGAGGGUGUUGAAUCUGGCUUUCGAAAAGAGCGUCUCUUUGCGGUAUUCAUUAAACAACUGGAUAACAUUUAUGGACAGUUUGGCGUCCUAUGUUCCCAACUCAAGCGACGGUGACACCGAUAAAUUCUGUUUUAAGAUCGUCAUGCCUACCUACCUCGAAAACGGAGGCACAUUGCAGUUUGCAAUUAAAUACUGUGUCGGCGGGGAGGAAUUCUGGGACAAUAAUAAUGGGAACAACUACAAAGUGCGGCGUCACCAGUUCAAGAUAUCCCCACCGCGGGAGUGGGAGAAUGGAUGGAUUCACUUUAUCUGAGCUUUGUAGUCUGCAGUGGCACACUGCGUGCGUAAUUUGCGCGUAAUUGAUCCCCGGGUACCUUAAAUACGACUGUAGCCUGUUAAAAUGAUUUUCUCUGCCAUUGUCAGAUAGCCAACAUACAUUUUGUGACACAGAAAAUAAUUUGCCCUGCUGUGGUGACAGACUGAGUGUUAAGGACCACUGUGUAAGCCUUUGGUAGGUGUCAGGUGUGGGAUGCUGUUAGAUAAUUUGCCUUGAUGUCAGGGCUCUGUACAGCUUGGUGCCCUUUGGGAGGGCAUGUUCAUGUUAUGUAAUGUAGAAACACGUGCCACGGAAAACGUGCUGGGAAAUGCCGACUCCAGGCUUCACUGUUCAUUUCAGGAGAUGCCGUAAAUUUAUUAGAUGGCACAGUGUUAUUAAAAAAAAUAAUAUGUUUUGCAUGUGUGCAAAAAUAUCGACUUAAUAGGAAACAGCGUUGACAGACAGAAAUAUGCGAAAUAUGUUUUAUUUUAUUCGAAUGCAUUUAAUGUAUAAUUUCCCACUGUCAUGCCAUUGAAAAUGCCUUAUUUUAAGCCAUGAUGUGGGAAGUUUUCGCAUUGAAUGUCAUACAGUAAUUUCUUCAUUAGACUUGAAUAUACAAAAUGCAUUAAAUAGGCACUGGGAAACAGUCAGUGUCCAUACAUAUGCAGGCUUUAAUCCAGGGACCCCAUACGUAGUCACAAACCUGCCUUUUACACAUAGGUAUAUUUGCUCCUAUUCAACACCAAUUUUAUAUUUUUUCCUGCAUUAAUGUAAAAAUUGUUAAAUAUUUUUGCCAAAUUUACAAAUCAAAGAAAAAAAAAAGUUUUUUUUUUUCUGAAAAAACAAUUCCUCAUAUUAUAACAGCAUCAUGCAUAUUCCACCAAAUCAGAAAGAGUGUGAUUAUAAAAAAUGGGCUUCAACAUUCCCCUCCUGCACUGAAGGAUUUUUUCCAGAAUGAACCCCUUGAACGUGGCUGUUGUUCUCCCAAGGAAAAUAGAUUUAGUAGCCGUAUCAAAGAUAAAAUUUACCUCAGAUUACUUGUGGAUUUUUUCCCAUCUUCUUCAGGUUGAUCGAUAUAAAACAGAUGUUAUUUUCACAGUAAUAAUUUUCUAACAGAUAUGUUCAAACAGAAAAGUAUUAUUGUACAUUUGCAGAUUCAAAACACAGUGCUUAUUCAUUUCUAAUGUUUUCAAUUACACUGUGUAACUUUUUCACAGAGCAGUGUUGUCUGUAGACAAAGUAGCUAUUGCACGGACGUGUGCGUUUUAACCAGCUUCUGCCCCUGUAAAGGUACAUGAUAGCCAUCACUGUGUAAGAAUAGUGCUGCUCCUUACACUCCUCACACAUGAGCAAAAGGGUAUGGAUCACAUGACUAGCCAAUAUUUCCAUCCAUAGAUUGCAAACUGUCUGAUUGCUUCAUUUUCAUACAAUAUGCCUUGAUGUUACACAGUAGUCUUCCAAACCUGCUCCUGAUCAUGUACGCAUUCUUUAUGGCAAACGGACUCUCUUGUUUCAGGCGCAUUUGUUUGCCUAAAUGCAGUUAUUCAUCAUGCUUUUUCUUUAGUUGUAUCAUAAUGUCAGUGUUUGUGAGUGUGUGGAGAGUUGAGACUCCAGUUCAGUAAGUAGAGGAACAGCCAGGGUGCUUUUAAUUUCCAUGCUCUGACUGUAAUCUCAACAUCACUUUGGGCUUUGUUUACAUCAUCAUGGCCUCAGAGGGAUGCUCUCCACUGAACGAGGCCAUCAGGUCGGGAUGUGGAUAAAAGACUAUUCCUGUAACCACUUAGUUUUUUUGGAGCAGCUCCACUGUGAAUCCAUCACUGUUUGUCUCAAAAUCUGACACGGUUUGUGUCAUUGCAGCGCUACACCUGAUGUUGUUAGAAUAGUUUUUUAGUUUUUUUCUAAAAAUGAGACAUGGCCUGUGGUGAGUUGACAUUUACUACCACUCAGCUUAGCUUUAUCAUGUACAGAGCUGCAUAUAUCUCAUCUGUUCAUUUAAAUACACUGUGGUUAUAAAAGGUCUGGCUAUAGCAGAGCUUACUGUGUGUUAUGUUGUUAGAUCAGUGGGUAUUUACAUAUUGUCUGCUUUGGUGUAUGUAAACUUUGUUCAAGCAUCCAUGCAGUGCAAGGCCAAAAAGCAUUAAUUAUCCAGGAUGAGACGACUGAUUUGGGGAUGGAGAGAUGCAUCAAUACCAAUCAAUCACUCCCAACAAAGGAUGUGAUUUUUCAAAUUUUACCGUUUGGCUGACAUCUGAUCAGAUUUGCUCUAUAUAGUGUUGGGAGUUACUGACACAAAUGACUGUGUGAAUAUGAUAUGUGCUCUGUUUUCCAUAACACGUAACUCUGGUUUAAGUUUCCAAAAGCUGUGAAAACUGUAAGAAAUCAGUGCUAUCUCCCACACUGCUGUUGUUAUUGGUGCAUCCCUACCAUAAGAAGGGCUUCUGGUUUGAUUAGAUUUUCACCUCAAUGUACACAUAACAUUUUGCAUCAGAGUUCACUGAUAUAUAGAUAUGUAUGUAAAUGUGUUAAUGUUUCAUAUUGAAUGUCUUCCUAUUACUGUUCUAUGUUGUGUGUAUUUUGAAGCAUUUUAAAAGCAGACUUGAGGGACGUGAAUGGUAAAAGUUUGUUAUCUGAUGAUCCUGUGAAGCUGGAAGAUAAAUUGUGAACCUAAACUUAAAGAAUUCCAAAAAGCACACUUAGGAAUAACAUCAUUCUUCAGGGCCGUUUAAAAUAAGACUGAUGAUAGAAUUGGCGUUACCAUGAAUUGUGAUAUUUUGUCUCAAAAUGAUGUUUUAUAUGAUGGUAAGAUAUUGCAGAAUUUUGCCUGAAAUGCAGACCAAAAUGUGAGCAGUGUAUCUGAAUGAAAUGAAACAUUGGAAACCACAUGUGCACAGCUAUAGGUGUACACUGCCUUACUAAACCCUAAGUUUACUUAGAGACAUGUAAAAAAAGAUGGGAGAUGGCAAGUGCUGGUUUGUUAAGAAAUAAUGUGACUGCAGAACAUGUGAACAGUGGACAAUGAUGAUGACCAUAUCUGGGAAAGAGGGAUAACAUGAGAUGCACUGUGGCGUUUUGAGUUUUUGACCUGAGUGACUUAUGAUUGUAGCUGAUACUGAGCAGACUCAGUCAAAGCAGGUCUUAUGCACUUUGAGUGAGAACAAGGAAAGGGGCAUGGUAGAUAAAUGAAAGCUUCUCCUGUGAAUAGCUACUAACCAAGAUGUUUUCCUUUCUUUCUCAUAUUUUAUUGCACUUUUCUCUCACUGUGGAAAACCUCAAUCACCUCUGUCUAAUUUAUAACCAUUGUAUGGCACUGGAUUUUUUUAUUCUUGAUUUGCUUUCUAGUCAGUGAGUUUAUUGUUUUCUGUAAAUCCUAUGCAGCUCGCUUUGUGUUGUAACAUCAGCAGUCAUCUGACUGUUUUAAUCUGUACUAUGAGUCUGUCUAUUUCUUAUGUUGAAGUGAAUGUUAACCAUGUUUGCAUGUAUUGAUUGAAACAUACCUUUAUUUUUACGUUUUGUUUUUAAUGUAACCUAUAUUUUGUUAAAACAAUGGUUAAUAAAUGCAUUUGUGAUGAUAACCAAA